UUGCCGGAGGCUCACUGACAACUCACCAUGAUGACGCAGUUCCGGUGUGGCUGCUCCGCAUCUGGAGAGUGACAGCCGGUACCGGGAGGCGACGGCGGCGGCUGAGUGACGCAAUGGCCUGUGCCCUGCUGGAGUUCUGCCGCUUCCAGGACAUAAAGCCGGUCCGGGAUUUCCUGUUCCCCCAGCUCCGGGAGGAGAAGCGGAGUAUUGAUAAUGUGUCCAGCUGGGAAAAUGAAGACUGGGGCUCAUGGGAAGACAAUGAAAGCAAAGUGCAGGCAGAAGAGGACACCUCAAGCAAGGCUCCUUCUUUCUACUGGCUGCAAGACUGCGUGUUGUCCUUGUCACCGACCAACGAUCUCAUGGUGAUAGCCCACGAGCAGAAAGCUGUGUUUUUAGCACCUAAAUGGAAAGCAGACGGUAAAGGCAAGGAGGAAAUGCAGUAUGAAGUGGUGUGGAGCGGAUCUCUAAAUGCUGAAGAAGGUGAAUAUAUCAGCAGUGCGCUGUGCAUCCCUUUGGCCAGCCAGAAAAGAAGUUCUACUGGAAGGCCAGACUGGACGUGCAUUGUACUGGGCUUCACCACCGGAUACGUGCGCUUCUACACUGAGAGUGGGGUGCUGCUUCUCGCACAGCUUUUAAAUGAAGAUCCAAUUCUUCAGCUGAAAUGCAGAACUUACGAGAUCCCAAGACACCCCGGGGUCACAGAACAGCAUGAAGAAAUGAGUAUCCUGUACCCGGGCGCCGUCGUCACUGUUGAUGGCUUCAGCCUUUUCCAGUCGCUCAGGGCUUGUCGCAAUCAAGUAGCUAGAGCUGCUGCGUCCGGCAGUGAGAACGUGCAGCCGCCUCCGCUGGCGUACAAGAAGUGGGGUCUGCAGGAUACAGACACGAUUGUGGAUCAUACCAGCGUUGGUGUCAUGGCGCUCUCUCCAUUCGAUCAGAUGAAGACUGCCUCCAUUUUAGGAGGUUUUAAUGCUGCUAUAAAGAGCAGCCCCCCCACCAUGUCUCAGUAUAUUACUGUGGGCUCCAACCCAUUCACUGGCUUCUUCUUUGCCUUAGAGGGGAGCACACAACCAUUGCUGUCUCACGUGGCCCUCGCUGUAGCCAGCAAACUCACCUCGGCCCUCUUCAGUGCUGCAAGCGGUUGGCUUGGAUGGAAAAACAAACACGAAGAAGAGCCGCAGCAGAAGCAGAAACCAAAGGUGGAGCCUGCAACACCAUUGGCCGUCCGGUUUGGCCUCCCCGAUUCCCGGCGUCAUGGAGAGAGCAUCAGUCUGUCCCCCUGCAGCACGCUGGCCGCGGUGACCGAUGACUUUGGCAGAGUCAUUCUGCUGGAUGUGGGAAGAGGCGUUGCCAUUCGAAUGUGGAAAGGUUACCGGGAUGCCCAGGUUGGAUGGAUGCAGAUAGUAGAGGACCCACAUGAGAGGGAGUCAGAGAGAGGACGUUUGUCUCCAUUUGGAAACACACAUGGAUCUUGCAGGGUAGCUCAGUUCCUGGUCAUUUAUGCCCCCAGGCGGGGUAUUCUGGAGGUCUGGAGCACACAGCAAGGACCUCGUGUGGGGGCUUUCAAUGUGGGAAAACACUGCAGAUUGCUGUACCCUGGCUAUAAGAUCAUGGGUUUAAAUAAUGUGACCAGUCAGGGUUGGCAGCCGCAGACUUACCAGAUAUGUCUUAUUGACCCAGUCUCGGGAAAUGUGAGGACUGUGAACAUCCCGUUCCACUUAGCUCUAAGUGAUAAGAAAUGUGAGAGAGCCAAAGACGUGCAUUUAGUAAAGAAACUGAACACGUUGCUGAAAGCCAAAGCCCCAAAUCAUGAACGUCUGGAAGCAGAAGCAAAGGAAAUUUUAUUAGAUAUUCGAUAUCCAGCAACCAAGAAACAGGCCUUAGAAAGCAUACUGGCCAGUGAGCGUGUUCCCCUCUCAGCGCUUACCAGCAUCACGCAGGCGUUAAUGGACUCACUCAGGAGUCAAGAGCUGGAGAGUGUAGACGAGGGUCUGCUGGGAUUCUGUGAGGACAAACUGAAGCUUCUGCACCUUUAUGAAUCCGUCCAAGCAAUCCAGUCUGUUGUGACAGAGACGUCUGCAGCUCCCGCAACAAAGGAGCUGGCGCAGUUAUUACGGCUGGAGGAAGAGGAAUGGGUCCGGCUGCAGACUCUGAUCAGGAAGUACAAGCAGGAGCAUACACGCACCGGCGUUCGCUUUGCUGAGGAUGAACGUGGACGGUUACCUGUCAGGGCGUUCCUCCAGUACUUGGAGUGUGAGCAGGAUACUGUGAAUGUGAAGAAGAUCAGUGAGGAGGAUUACAUUGCAUUAGGAAGCUUCUUCUUCUGGAAAUGUCUGCACGGUGAAUGUCCCACGCGGGAGCUGUGUGAAGCCUUGGAGAAUGCGGCAUUCAGCCCCCAGCUAUUACUGUCUCUGCUUCUCAAAGUGUGGCUGUCGACAGAAAAAGAGACCCUUGAGAACACACAGUCCUUGUGUUGUCUGUACAGCAUGCUGUCUCUACUGAGUAACAUGAAAGUGGCCAUAGAUGAAUCUUGGGAUUUGCAGUCGGUGUCCCCCUGGUGGCAGCACGUGCGUACUGCAUGUGUACAGUCAUCAAGCAAUGGAGCAGCGUUAUUAUCUGCUCAUGUUGGACACUCAGUCGCUGCCAGCAUCACAAACGCCCUGGCAGAGAAGAAGUUUCCUAAGCCAGCGCCAGAGGAUGAGGGCGAGUCCAUGACUGACUCCUGGGAAGCGCUGUCGCUGGAUAUUGAGUACUGGAAACUCUUACUGAAGCAGCUGGAAGACUGCCUUAUCCUACAGACGCUUCUGCAUUUUAAAGGGUCUAGGAAGUCCGCAAGAGUGUCAUCCCUCCAGGUGGAGCCGCUGGAAAAACUCUCUGUUAAGAAACUUCUGGAGGGUGGGAAAGGCAGUGUUGCUGACACAGUGGCUAAGUGGGUGUUUAAGCAAGACAUCAGCCCAGAGCUGCUGAAAAGUGGCCGGGAGAGCAGAGACUCGCAGAGUGCACAGAUGCCGGGGGAAGUGAGUUUGGCUGUUGCUGUGCCGGAGACGCUGCCGUUGAGGGAAACAGAGGAUUGCCAAGUUCUAGAGCUGCUCAGUUUAGUGUAUCAGCAUUUCCCGUGUAGCCUGGACCUGGACGUGUUACAUGCCCACUGUUGUUGGGAGUAUGUUGUUCAGUGGAACAAGGACCCAGAGGAAGCUCAGUUUCUUGUCCGGUCUGUUGAUCAUUUGAAGAGGAUCAGAAACGCUCACGUACAGUUUGGGCUGUCUCUGAUGAUGUGGAACACGUUUAUUAUAAAGCGCUUUUCCUCGGCUGCGUAUCUCAUGGAUAAGGUUGGGAAAGCCCCGAAGGAUCGGCUGUGUAGAAGGGAUGUCGGCAUGAGUGAUAUAUCCUUAACAUCGUUCCUGGGAAGUUGCUCUGAGCUCUUACAUACAAUGAUGGAGGCUGACGUUAGCAGUGAUGAGAUGUCCGCCCCAUUGCUGGAGGUGGAAGACGCUUGGGUGUCGGUGGAAGGUCCCAGUUCUAUUGUGGAGCUGGCUCUGGAGCAGAAGCACAUUCACUACCCCCUGGUAGAGCACCAGUUUGUAUUCUGCUUCAUCAUGUACGCUGUUAUGUGGUUCUCUCUGAAAUCCGUGAAACCCCUCGCUCUCUUUGACAGUAAGGGGAAAAAUGCCUUCUUCAAAGACCUUACAUCAAUCCAGCUGCUGCCCAGUGGAGAUAUGGACCCCAGUAUAGUCAGCCUCCGCCAACAGUUCUUAAUGAAAGUGAUCAGUGCAGCCGUCCAGACGCACUUCCAAUCACAGAUUACAGUGAAACAAGAGAAAAGCGCUGCAGACGUUCCCUGUAAAGCGCUGGACUGGCCGGCACUUGCUGUGGAGCUGGCACCGCAACUUCAAGUAAACCAAGAUACGCUGCAGCGACACUACGUAUGUGAGCUCUAUAACUACGGCUUUGACCAAACUGCAGAAGAGGCCAUCCUGCAAGUUGUGGACAAAGAAGUGUUGGCAUCGCAGUUACUGGUCCUGACGGGGCAGCGGUUGGCACAUGCGUUAUUGCACACUCAGACUAAGGAGGGGAUGGAGCUAUUGGCCAGGCUGCCACCGACACUCUGCACCUGGAUUAAAGCCAUGGAUCCACAGGAUCUUCAGAACACAGACGUGCCAAUACCAACUACAGCCAAGCUGGUGGAUAAAGUGGUGGAACUGCUGCCGGACAACCACGGGCAGUACACGCUCGCCCUGAACCUGAUCGAGGCGGUGGAGGCCAUGUCUAUAUUGUGACGGGCGGAAGGGCUAUUUGUAAGAUAUAAAGCCGCCAUCAUGUCUACGCUGAAAACCCAUUUGUAACUAAAUCAUUGUCUUGUAAAGAUCAGAAAAUAUUCUGACAGAAUAAUAUGCAAAUAUAUGUAAAAGAGAAUGCGUUACGUUAUGCGGCUGGCUUGUGAGGGAUGCGCAGGACAUUCCGUGGCAGGUUGUAGUAAUGGCGGCGGACGAGUUCUUACUCACUGUAUAUAGAAAGCCAGACACAACUCCUCCAUAACCAAUACAGAGAAUCAGGGAGCGCCGCAGGACCGCCCUCCCCGAGUGCCGCUUGUCACAGAGUACUAUAGACGUGUCCUCUAACCGUCAUCGGGGAACUUUCAUUCUAGAACAUUACGUUGCAUUAUUGACUAUAAAAAGUAUCAGAUGCUAAUAUUAAAUAAACUAUCCUAAAACCGUU